CAAUGGACACGCUGCAGAUUCUGUCGCAUAUUUUCCGAGCACUGGACACGGCUGUGGCGGGUUACGAUGUGUAUAAAGUGGAGACCAUCGGCGAUGUAUACAUGGUUGCUAGUGGUGUACCAGUUCAUAACGGACAUCGACAUGCCAACGAGAUUUGUCUGAUGGCGUCCAAAAUGCUGAAACAGUUCCGACGGUCAACAGUUCUUGGGAGGUUGUCGUUAUAUUUACGCGGCGGUGUUCACUCCGGGUCGUGUGCAGCUGGCGUCGUCGGACUCAAUAGGCCGCGAUACUGCCUGUUCGGAGAUACCGUUAACGUUGCCUCGCGUGUAUGCGCCAAUAGUGAAGCGGACAAGAUCCAGCUGAGCCUGCCUACUGCGGAAAUCCUGCGGGAGCACUUUCCCGAGAUUCAGUUGGAGCCUCGCGGAGUGAUACACCUGAAAGGUCGUGGCGAGAUGCAAACGUUCUGGCUCCAGCAGAAAGCGGUGGAAAUAUAGUGCGCACUUCGUUAUGGAAGUGUGCGGUGCAGAUGAUCGGUUGCAACGGUCGCGCCUAGGAUGACAAAUGCUACUCCGCAACGUAUACUUAUUGAAA